UGUUUUUAUAUCUUUUAGAAAGUAUUUAUUUUAUUUUCACUUUUUUUUUAUUUAUUGUGUGGAUUUCUGUGUUAAAUUUCUCCUGAUGGGGAUGAAUAAAGUCGUAUCUAUCAAAACCUCAUUAAAGGUGAGCUCCAAGAUCAAGGUAGUGAUGUAAAACUUGCUCUUUUGUGAGCAACAAUUGACUUUUUUGGGGGAUGACCAGCACUGAAAGCAAAUAAGAUGCACUUCUUGCACAGGGAUGUCUUUACACUAUGAAAUAUUUAGAUUAUGACAGCAUUCUGGAGCAUCAGAAAGGUAAGUAGUGGACCUUCCAUCAGGAUAAUGACCCAAAACAGUAAAAUAUAUAUAUAAAUUUGAGAAUUUAGCCACAAAAAUUAGAACAAUUCUCUCAGAACUUGACAAAAAUACCAGUUAGAAAGAUCAGAAGUCUUACUGGUAAACGUUCAAUGUAGUUUUACUUACACAACGCAGAAUUUUUUUUUUUAUUAUUUUUUAUGCAACAUUUUAAAAAACUAAUUAUUUUGUUAUUGUUUUCAAGUAUCCAUGCAUAAAAUUGCAAGAUUAAAUGACAAUAUGUCCAAAAAUAGGAGGAUAAACUUGAGUGAUUGAAUGUACUUUUUUAAAACGGCAAUAACACAUCCAAACCGGCAGGUGGCGGUGUAGAUCUUCGAACUUCUCUUGCCACUUCAAAGAUCAUCUAUCACUAAGAGAUAUCACUUUGUUCUCAUUUUCUCACUCCGACCCUAAAGGGAAGUUGCUUUAAAAAAUUGUACUCGAAGAUGACAACAGAGUGAGACCUCCUGUUUCAACUUCUCUUCGACGCAAAGCCGUGUUCCUUUCAGCCCCUGAGGAAUUUCCUGAACGGCUGCAUUGAGCAAAGGUCUGCUGAGGACACAGCGAGGUAUUUCAAGGCAGGAAUGAGACCCCCCCACCGCUGAGGUCACGAUGAGAGAAUGGUGGAUCCAUGUGGGUUUGAUCUGCGUCCCGCUGGUGGCCGUCUACCUGCACAUCCCGCCCCCUCAGCUCUCACCUGCCCUGCAGAAGUGGCACAACGCCGGGCAGGUCUUCCACUUCCGGGGCAGCAAAAUCUUCUACAGAGAAUCCUACGGUGCUCUGGGAAGCUCAGAUGUUGUGAUUCUCCUCCAUGGAUUCCCCACGUCCAGCUAUGAUUGGAACAAGAUUUGGGAUCCUCUCACUCAGCGCUUCCACAGAGUCAUUGCUCUGGAUUUCCUGGGUUUUGGCUUCAGCGACAAACCGAGACCCCACAGGUACUCCAUCUUUGAGCAGGCCAGUUUGGUGGAGGCUCUGGCGGCCCAUUUGGGCCUGAGCAAUCAGCGUGUGAACCUGGUUUCCCACGACUACGGGGACACGGUCGCUCUGGAGCUGCUGUACAGGAGUGACCACAAUCGCACCGGACACCUGACCUUAAACAGCCUUUGUCUUUCCAAUGGAGGACUUUUUCCAGAAACGCAUCACCCACGUUUGCUCCAGAGGCUUCUCAAAGACUGGAGUUUGCUGGCUCCGGUUCUGAUGCGCCUCACCAACUUCAUGGUCUUCCAAAGGGGGAUAGGAGAAGUGUUCGGGCCGUAUACACAACCCACAGACGCUGAUUUCUGGGACAUGUGGACGGGUUUGCGCUACAAUGACGGCAACUUGAUUUUAGACAGCGUCCUCCAGUACAUCAACCAGAGAUUAAAGCACAGAGAUCGAUGGGUGGGCGCGCUCACGUCUACAUUCAUCCCACUGCACAUGAUCUACGGACCUCUGGAUCCGGUCAAUCCUCAUCCACAAUUUAUUCGUCUGUACCAACGUCAAGUUCAAAGGUCGACUGUGACGAUUUUGGAUGAACACAUCAGUCACUACCCUCAGCUGGAGGACCCCACCGGCUUCCUAAAUGCAUAUUUCAACUUCAUUCACUCGUUCUGAAAGAACAGAAAAAUCAUUUGGGUUUGUGACGAAUCAGAUCCCUCCGUAUUUUAGUUCCUAAAUCAGCUACUUCCUGGAUGACUUGAUAAUUUUACACAUUUCUUGAUCUCAGCAACUCAAUGAAAUGUCAGCCUUUCUUUAAAUAAAAUUAGUUUUGUAAAGAAAAAA